CAAUCCAGCUGAGAAAGCAAUUCGUGACAAAAUUGCAAAUCAAAGAUGGACCUUUCUAAGGUAGAAACGAGUCCUAUAAGUACGACUCUGAACAAAUAUAACAUCAAAAUCAAAGAAAACCAUGGUCUUGAUUCGAAAACUGGUUUUUGGUGGUUUGUAUUCACCUUUGACUACGAACUAGAAGCUGGAAUCGAAGUGCGCCUAACAAACUUCAAGUACAGCAGUUCAAGUAAUAUAUGGACACUAGAAGUUACUAAAUGUAACUAUCUGGGCAUCUCUAGCAAAGAAGAAAUGGCUUCUUUUGACAUGACAGAUGAGCUGGUGAACGAGCAAGAGUUGCGUCGUCUGAACGAGGCAGUUACCCGUGAGAAGCUGCGUGAUUACUUGGAAGAUAACAUUUUGCCGAUAGUGAUCCGAAAGAUAAAGUACACGAGAUUUGAACCACAGUUUCGUUUCUUUUUAAGCCACAAGUCUAAGGAUAAACCCUUGAUGCGUACCUUUCAAAAUGGUCUGAAGUUCCUUGGCUACAAGACCUGGUUGGAUGAAAYCAAUUUACCAAUUAUGACGGAUCUGAAAGGAGGUCUGAAGGUCUCCAUUGACAAAUGCGAUUGCUUGAUAGCCUGGUUGAAURAGGAGUACUUUGAAAGCGAUUACUGCAAAGCUGAGCUCCUGUAUGCCAGAUCACCUAACCACAAGCAGAAGAAAAUCAUCCUUCCUUUUGGUAAAUACAGCGAGAUCAAAGAUUACCUAACGGGAGAUCUAGAGUUCUUAAAAGAUCGACUCAUAUUUGAUCCUUCCAAGGCGUCCUUCUUCGAAAUACUCCGACGUAUUGAUGAGGCACUUUUUAAGUUUGAAACUUUGACUAUCUAACUGUCUUGUACCCAAACAGCAAAAUACUUUGACAUCUUUAAGAUUUGAUAUCAUCUUUGUGUUGUUAUGCUGUUUUUAAAUUUGUAUUGUAAAUUAAUUAAAACAGUACAAGAUAAUGUACAAGAACUUUAAAUUUUAAAUUAACAGAGCAGAAACGGAAAAAAGGGACUAUAUUCGUACCCUAACUUUAGUCAUUAUGUUUCUCAGGAUAUUGUUAAAGUUUUAGUCAAAUAAAGUGCUACGUUUUAAAAUA